GAAUACAAUUGAAAAUGAUCCAUCCCCGAUCAUUGGGUAUGCUGCUGAGCCUAUAUUGCCACUUCCUGUAGCAUGUGCUCCACUCUUUGAUAUUCUUCAUAAUUUGUCGUUUUAUGUGCAGUUGGCACUAGAUGAAACUCCCGAUAAACCACCACAUGGUUUAACAGUUCAUGAAAGUGCUGCAAUUCGUUUAUAUACUCUCGAAUGGGAAGCACCACAUAAAAGUCUCUAUUCAAUGCUCAAUUACACUCUUAAAUUUAGUAAUCGUGAAGAACUUCUACCUUAUUUCAAGUAUAUGAAAUUAUUCUUGACUGCACUAGUCAAAAUUCCGUGUGAGCCAAUUACAACUAUUUGGCGAGGAGUUAAAAAAGAUUUGAGUGCAGACUUGCAACCUGAUACUCCACUGACAUGGUGGUCAUUUUCUUCAUGUACAAAAUCACUGACUGUACUCGAGAAUAGCAUGUAUUUAGGGAAUCUAGGAGAGCGAACUCUUUUUUCUGUCGAAGCCAUCAAUGGACGAAUAAUAAGCGCUCAUUCACAUUUCGAUACAGAAGAUGAAAUUCUUCUUCUACCCGGCACUCAUAUGAUCGUUGUAUCUCAAUUGGCUCCAUCACCUGACCUUCAUAUCAUUCAUUUGAAACAAGUUGUACCGGAGGAAACCUUGUUGGAACUUCCAUUUGAAGGCGCAGUUCUCUAUCCAAAAAAAAAACGGUCCUGGUAUCAAAAGAAGCGAUAUCUUAUAUCCUUAUGCUUAUUUAUAAUUCUAUCGAUCGGAGCUAUUGUUAUUGGUGCUGUUCUCGGAUCACGAAAAGCAAACGAAAUUCCAAAGAUUAUAUGCAGAGAUCCAUAUCCACAACAAAUUGCCUCUCAGACUGGAAAAACACCAGUUGCUUUAGUAGCUGGUGAUUUUAGAAAUGUCGGCAUAAUCGAUCUAGCAGUGCUUCACUAUGAUGAACAAAGCGUUGAUUUACUUCUUGGUAAUUUCAAGAACACAUAUCAGACUGAAAUUAUCUAUGAUACAGGUUCUGCUCCAAGUUUUGCAUUCACUGAAGAUAUCAGCGGUGAUGGAUUGCCUGAUAUUAUAAUAACGAAUAAAAAAGAUGGAACAAUAAGUGUUCUUCUUGAUAAUCCAGAUGAUUCAUUUCAAUCAACGACCACUUAUGCAGUUGGCCAAAGUCCUGUAUCAGUGGUAAGUGGUGAUUUCACUGGUAACGGUGACUUUGAUUUAAUAGUCGCGAACUAUGAUGAUAAUACUCUUCGCUUGUUAUUUGGUACGGCAGGUCGAUUUUCUGAAAUAUUUCUUACUAUUACAGUUGGUUUGCAACCAAUCUAUAUCAUAUCAGGUGAUUUUAACCUGGAUGGAAGACUUGAUUGGGCAGUUGUCAAUUAUGGAGAUAAUACUAUACAUGUUGGUAUCGCACGUGGAUUUGGAAUUUUCGAAAAUUCACAGAUUUAUAAGGUUGGUGAUCAUCCAGUUGCUAUUGCAAGCACGGAUUUAAACCAUGAUGAAAUAUUAGACUUGAUUGUGGUAAACUAUGGCAAUAAUAACGUAGGUGUGUUGCUUGGCAAUGAUGACGGAACGUUUAGAGCUCAAAUAUCUUACGAUGUUGGUAUUGGUCCUAAUGCUAUUGUUAUAGCCGAUUUCAAUAAUGAUGCAAACAUGGAUAUAGCAUUAACUCUUUUGAAUGAAUCUGUUGUAAGCGUGCUCUUCGGAGAUGGUAACGGAGGUUUUCGAAAGCCAGACAAGUUUAAAGUCGGUAGUUCUCCCAAUUCUCUGACAGCAAAUGAUUUCAACAAAGAUGGUAUAAUAGAUCUAGCGGUGACUAAUUCUGGAGAAAAUACAUGGGAGAUAUUGAUUAAUAUGGGUAAUGGAACAUUUCGAAGUGACUUCCGUUAUGCCAGUGGUUCGAAUCCGGUGUCGAUCGUUGCAGCUGAUUUUAGUAUCGAUGGCUUGAUGGAUGUGAUGGUAAUCAGUCAAGGAGAUAAUAUUGUUUCUCUAAUAUUAGGCAAUGGAGAUGGUACUUUUCGCUGUCGAAUACCCUACAGACUUCAGAUGCAAAGCACUUGGAUGGCAACAGGGGAUUUCAAUGGAGACCGGAAUUUAGAUCUGGUAUUGACAAAUGCAAACAAUCAGAGUAUUAGCUUAAUUUUUGGUAAUGGACAUGGCACCUUUCAUUCUGAAAUAUCAUAUGAAAUCAAUGUUUCAUCGUCUUUCAUAGUAGCUCAUGAUUUGAAUAAUGACAAUAAACUGGAUCUAAUUAUUGUCGCUAACAAAAAUGAUAGCGUUAUUAUUGCGCUGGGUAAUGGAGAUGGAACAUUUCAAAAUAGAACAAGGAUGAGAACUGGUAGUCAACCAUCUUCUGUAGCAAUACAUGAUUUCAACAACGAUCAAAUACUAGAUCUAGCUGUGAGCAAUUAUGGCACUCAAACUAUCAGCAUCCUAUUAGGACGUGGAAACGGUAAUUUUCAGUUUCAAAAGACGUUUGAGUGUGGUGUUAAUCCGAGUUUUGUUAUAUCGGCAGAUUUCAAUCUUGAUCACAACAUGGAUCUUGCAACAGCCAAUCUAGGAGAAAAUAGUUUCAGUAUUUUAUUGGGCACAGGCAAUGGAACGUUUCUAAGUAAAAUUAGGUAUCUUGCUGAAAGAGAACCAAUUAUGAUAAUAUCGGAUGAUUUCAACGUUGAUAACAUUACCGAUAUAGCAGUAGUCAAUCGACUUUCGGAUAACGUAGAACUAUUCUUUGGUGGAACAAAUAUGACGUUUUCAACUAUAAAACACUAUGGAACAAAUGAUAAACCAAACCCUGCAGUUGCCUAUGAUUUCAACAAAGAUGGAAAAGUUGAUCUUGCUGUGCUGCACACACUUUCUAACGAAUUAUAUGUUUUUCUCAACCAAUGUACAUGAGUGCUCGUACGAGGACUAUGGAGAAGU